UGAAUGAAAUGUCAAAGCAAGUAAAUAUGUAAAAUUUUCUCUGUGUGAAAUUUCUUUCCAAAAUAUUCUAAAUAAUGUCCGUGAUCCAAUUAAGCUUAAAAUUAAACGAAUAAUUUCGUUGCAACAUAACCGAAUGUGUUAACAAAUUAAAUUACCGUGAAAUUAGUGUGAUCUCAUUGGAAAAGCAGCUAGACACACGGAUUUUGUUAAAUCAUCCCAUCAUCAUGUCGAAUGACUCUGAUAUGGAUUAUUCUUCCGAGGACAAUGAAUGCGAAUACGAUUAUUACAAUACAGGCGUUGCAGAUGUUGAUAUCGAACAAAUCGAUCCGAAAAAGACAGACCCCGAGUAUUUAGAGUUUCAAUGCUUGACCGUCGAAGAAGUGGAGAAAUUACUCAAUGAAACUGUGGAACAUUUAAGCAAUACGAUCCAUUUGACUCCAUCACUGGCGAAAGUGCUACUACUGGAACAUGAAUGGCAAGCCAAUGAAAUCGUCGAAAAAUAUAAUCGUAAUCCUAAUGGUUUGUUGAUACGUUCGAGAAUUAAACCACAGAACGUUCCUGCUAAAAAGCCAGUUCCAAAUGAGUGUUCAUCGUCCACCAGCCAACAGUCUUCUUCUCAACAAACCUGCACAGUGUGCGCAUCAAAUCAUUCGACUCAAAACUACUUCAAUCUAUCGUGCGGUCACUCGUUUUGCAAGGAUUGUUGGGCAACGUUCUUCGAAACUCAGAUAAAUCAGGGAAUCUCAACUGCAAUCGGGUGCAUGGCAUCAAAAUGUAAUGUGCGGGUUCCAGAAGAGUUGGUGCUGAGUUUGUUGACAAAACCAACUAUUCGCGACAAGUACCAACAAUUUACGUUUUUGGACUAUGUGAAGUCACACCCGGAGCUGAGAUUUUGUCCAGGCCCAAACUGUCAAAUCAUCAUUCGAAGUUCAUCCAUAACACCCAAGAAGGCAAUUUGCAAUUUCUGUGGUUCCUCAUUUUGCUUCAAAUGCGGUACCGACUAUCACGCACCCACCGAUUGUCAGGUUAUCAAAAAAUGGUUAACAAAAUGCGCCGACGACAGUGAAACUGCCAACUAUAUUAGUGCACACACAAAAGACUGUCCCAAAUGUAACAUAUGCAUCGAAAAGAAUGGCGGCUGCAAUCACAUGCAAUGUUUCAGCUGUCGCCAUGACUUUUGUUGGAUGUGUUUGGGCGAUUGGAAAACGCACGGUUCCGAAUACUAUGAAUGCUCGCGCUACAAAGAAUAUCCGAAUAUUGCUCAUGAAUCGGCGCAUGCACAGGCUAGAGAAGCGUUGAAAAAGUAUUUGCAUUAUUAUGAGCGCUGGGAGAACCAUUCCAAAUCGCUGCAAUUGGAACAGGAAACAUUAGACACGCUUAAAUCGCGCAUCAAUACAAAAGUGAUGAAAGGGCUGGGAACGUGGAUCGACUGGCAGCAUUUGUUUAACGCGGCAACGUUACUGGCACGAUGUCGAUACACAUUGCAAUACACCUAUCCGUAUGCGUAUUUUAUGGAGGCUGGAUCACGGAAGGAUUUAUUUGAAUACCAACAGGCUCAAUUGGAAGCGGAAAUAGAAAAUCUUUCAUGGAAAAUCGAAAGGGCUGAGACCACCGACCGAGGCGAUCUAGAGAAUCAAAUGGACGUGGCCGAGAAACGUCGAAUUACCUUGUUGAGAGACUUUUUUCCGCGUAGUGCAUAAUGAAUGUUUAAUUUGUAUCACAAAUUUAUUCGUUUUAGUUGCCGUAUUUUCUUUGGUCUUUUCUUUUUGCUUUAUUGCGCUGCCGUUUUUUUAUAGUUGUAGUUAUUCUCCGUGUAGAUUAAAAAAAAAUAUUUUUCCAGCGCGCAAUAUUCAGCCAGCAUUCUAACCGAUGAAUCAGUAUCACAACGAUUGUGCUGAAUUGUUUGCUGACGAGGCAAUUUGAAGAGAAAAAUAAAUGAAUUCCAUUCUUAAAAUACCAA